AUGACAGCACUCCGCCUUGAUGCACAUGCUUCCGUGGAUGGGAGGUUGGAGCAGGCUGAACUCUACAGCUGGCUCACCGCCACCACCUUUGCACCUUCCAAGCAGGCCACCCUGGACUUUAUUGUCAAGUUCAAUCGGAACUUCAAGAGGUACAACGACGCUGUCAAGGCCAAGACUGAGCGCAUCACUGAGGAAACCAAGAAGACACUACUCCAGCGUGCUCUCUCCGAUGUGCCAUUGCUCCAUGCAGUCACCUCCCAUGAGAUUGAGCGCAUGACCUUGGAGCACAAGCCCGGUUACACCUUCGAGGAGUACUACGAAGUUAUCAAGGUAACUGCCGCUAGCUACGACAGGAACCGGGCGACGUCACGCCAUCGGUCUGUCAAUUGGCAUGACAUUGAUGGUGACAACUGUGAUGGUCAAGACAGUGAGGCCCCAGCUGAUGGAGGCAUUGAUGCAUUCAAUGUCAAUAUGGACCCAACCACCCGAUUGCCCGAUGAGUUCUUCCGCCAACUCCCACGUGAAGACAAGUCCAUCUGGCACCGGCUGUCCCCCCAGGCCAAGAAGAUCUUGAUGGAGUCAUCUCCACCCAAGCCUGGUCCACCUGCACGACAGGCUCACCUUUCUGAAAUGGUAGAGCAGGAUGAGGAUAAGGAUCGCCCUGAACCAGUAGGUGACACACUACCACCCACCAUGGAAGCCAACCAAGCACAAGCCAAGCCUGGAGCUGGUCCAUCCCACUCGGCACCCCAGUCCAAAUCAAAUGACCUGCACCCGGCACACCCAGCUCGAAUGAUGGGCACCAAACCCAAGCCACGCGAAGGUAACCUUGCUGCUAGCCACCCGAGCAAUCGAUCCGCCCACCAUGCAUUUCACCGCAUGCUGGACAACGUUGAUGACAUUGCCUCCGGUGCUGCCCAUUCUACCAAGCCUGGCCCUGAUAGAGCGGAUUUUCGGCUCGGCGACUAG